GUGCUCACCUCCGCUCCGGGCCAGGUCUAUGUCCCGGUUUCCCGCCGUCGCGGGCAGGGCGCCAAGGCGGCAGGAGGAGGGUGAGCGGUCAAUAGACCUUCAGGAAGAGCGGCCUUCGGCUGUUUCCAUCGCUGAUAGAGAAGAGAAAGGAUGCACAUCACAGGAGGGAGGAACUACUCCAACUUUUCCUAUUCAAAAACAAAGAAAAAAGCUUAUUCAAGCUGUGAAGGACAAUUCAUUCCUUAUUGUUACUGGAAAUACAGGAAGUGGUAAAACCACUCAACUCCCAAAAUAUCUAUAUGAAGCAGGGUUUUCACAACAUGGUAUGAUUGGGGUGACUCAGCCACGAAAAGUAGCUGCUAUAUCAGUUGCUCAGAGGGUUGCUGAAGAAAUGAAAUGCACUUUGGGAUCCAAAGUAGGGUACCAAGUUCGUUUUGAUGAUUGCAGCUCUAAGGAAACUGCAAUCAAAUAUAUGACUGAUGGAUGUUUACUGAAACAUAUUCUGGGAGAUCCAAAUCUUACCAAGUUCAGCGUCAUCAUUUUAGAUGAAGCCCAUGAGAGAACUCUAACUACAGACAUCUUAUUUGGCUUAUUAAAGAAAUUAUUUCAGGAGAAGUCUCCUAACAGGAAAGAGCAUUUGAAGGUUGUGGUGAUGUCAGCAACUAUGGAAUUAGCCAAGCUCUCUGCAUUCUUUGGAAAUUGUCCAAUAUUUGAUAUACCUGGAAGGCUUUAUCCAGUCAGAGAAAAAUUCUGCAAUUUGAUUGGCCCACGAGACAGAGAAAAUACUGCAUAUAUCCAAGCGAUUGUGAAAGUGACCAUGGAUAUCCAUUUGAAUGAAAUGGCUGGAGACAUACUGGUUUUCCUGACUGGUCAGUUUGAAAUUGAAAAAAGUUGUGAGUUACUUUUUCAGAUGGCGGAGUCUGUUGACUAUGAUUAUGAUGUUCAAGAUACAACUCUGGAUGGUUUGUUAAUAUUGCCAUGUUACGGAUCUAUGACAACAGAUCAGCAGAGGAGAAUAUUUUUGCCACCUCCACCUGGAAUUAGAAAAUGUGUCAUAUCCACCAAUAUUUCUGCAACAUCUUUGACAAUAGAUGGAAUCAGAUAUGUUGUAGAUGGUGGUUUUGUGAAGCAGUUAAAUCACAAUCCCAGAUUAGGGUUGGAUAUCCUGGAGGUGGUUCCAAUUUCAAAGAGUGAGGCGUUACAGCGAAGUGGCCGAGCUGGCAGGACUUCCUCAGGAAAAUGCUUUCGGAUCUAUAGUAAAGAUUUUUGGAACCAGUGUAUGCCUGACCAUGUGAUCCCUGAGAUCAAGAGAACUAGUUUGACAUCUGUAGUUCUGACCUUAAAGUGCCUUGCCAUACACGAUGUUAUAAGGUUUCCCUAUUUGGAUCCACCCAAUGAGAGGCUUAUUUUGGAAGCUCUUAAACAACUUUACCAGUGUGAUGCUAUUGACAGGAGUGGCCAUGUGACCAGAUUGGGUUUGUCUAUGGUGGAAUUUCCUCUCCCUCCACAUCUGACAUGUGCAGUAAUCAAGGCUGCUUCUCUAGAUUGUGAAGAUCUACUACUUCCAAUAGCAGCAAUGUUGUCUGUGGAAAAUGUCUUCAUUAGACCUGUUGAUCCAGAGUACCAGAAGGAAGCAGAACAAAGACAUCGAGAAUUGGCAGCUAAAGCUGGAGGAUUUAAUGACUUUGCAACUUUAGCUGUCAUCUUUGAACAGUGCAAAUCAAGUGGAGCUCCAGCUUCGUGGUCAAAACACUGGAUUCAUUGGAGAUGCUUAUUUUCAGCAUUUCGUGUUGAAGCUCAACUUCGAGAACUAAUCAGGAAGCUUAAACAGCAAAGUGAUUUCCCAAGAGAGACCUUUGAAGGCCCUAAACAUGAAGUACUACGGAGAUGUCUUUGUGCAGGCUAUUUCAAAAAUGUAGCUCGAAGAUCUGUUGGGAGAACAUUUUGCACAAUGGAUGGGCGUGGAAGCCCAGUCCACAUUCAUCCUUCCUCAGCACUUCAUGAACAAGAAACCAAACUCGAAUGGAUCAUUUUUCAUGAGGUAUUAGUUACCACCAAAGUCUACGCAAGAAUUGUGUGUCCAAUCCGUUAUGAAUGGGUGAGAGACUUGUUACCCAAGUUGCAUGAAUUUAAUGCACAUGAUUUGAGCAGUGUGGCCCGACGUGAAGUGAGAGAAGAUGCAAGAAGGAGAUGGACAAAUAAGGAAAAUGUAAAGCAUCUAAAGGAUGGAAUCUCAAAAGAAGUCCUAAAGAAAAUGCAAAGAAGAAAUGAUGAUAAGUCCAUAUCAGAUGCACGUGCUCGUUUCCUUGAGCGAAAGCAGCAGAGGUCCCAGGAUCACAGUGACACACGGAAGGAAACAGGCUAAGCAGUGAAUCCUCCAAUUCAGGAAGUAGGAAAAGCAGCCAGGAAAUGUGCUUCUACUUUGACAUUUAUAUUAAAUAGCACUACCAAGAGGAAGGGGUCAGCAGCUGUUAUUAGCAUAUGAGCUAAAAGCAAAUCAAAGUUCACCAAUACCAAUAAAUGGAAUUUUCAAAGAAAAGAUUGAGUUGCCAUGGUCCUAGGCAAUGAUAUACGAAACCAAUGAAAGACAAUACAUGUGAUAUUUUCCUCACUUCAAUUUUGCUGGCCUUAACUGGUAUCAAAUGCUGUCACUGAGGUAUUUUCAAAGAACAUUGAAUUGUAUUUAAUCAGCGUGUAUUCCAUUUGCAUUUGAAGCAUUAAAAAUUAUUUUCCUUAAAUCUC